AUGCGGGCCCCGCGGGCUCCCUGGCCGCUCGUAUGGGCCGUGCUGCAGCUGGGUUGGCGGCCAGGAUGGCUUCAAGGAAGGUCCGAUCGAAGCGCUGGGGAGAAGAUGCAGGGCAGAGUCACAGAGGUCUGCCCUGAGAGGGCCGGGAGCACCCUCACCUUCGGACCAACUCUGCUCAAGGUGUCCGAGGGGAAGAAGGCCACCUUCCACUGCAAUGUCCCCAACACCACUGCGUCCACCGUGCUGAACUGGUACGGGAGCAGCCCCAGCAACCAGUGGGUCAAGAUAGCGUCCUUCCACAAGAACCAUAGCCAGUCGGCGUGGGGUCCCCGCUUCAGCAUCACCAAGCUGGGGGAUGGGCACACCUUCCACCUGCACAUCAGCAGCGUCCUGCACAAUGACAGUAACACCUACUACUGCGGGGCCAUCGACCUGCCCCCCAAGCCGAAGAUUACCGAGAGCCCCUGUGCCGAACUUAUGGUGACGGACAGAGUCUCGGAGCCAGCCACCAUAAACCCCAGCCCCUUGCCAGGGACCUUGGGCCAGCUCCGGAUCCUGGUGGUCAGCGUCACGAGCGUCCUGGUGGGCAUCCUGGUACUGCUGCUGCUGGCCUGGCUCCUGGUCACCGUCCUGCCCAGGGAGGCUCAAGGUUUCUCCACAGGAGCCGACAGAGCACAGAGCGAUGACAAAACGCUGGUGAGCCCCCUUCCCCUGCUGCCUGUGACCACAGCUCCCCAUAUGCCUGGCUCUAAGGAGGACCCCUCGCCCAUUCCUGUGUUCACCGUGGACUAUGGAGAGCUGGACUUCGAGCAAAGAGAGAAGACCCCAGAGCCCCCUGUCACCUUCUUCCCUGUGCAGACCGAGUAUGCCACCAUCGUCUUCCCUGGUGGCGUGUCCCCUUCGGACCGCAGGGGCUCAACCCAUGGGCUGCAGGGUUCCCGACCCCUAUGGCCCGAGGACACUCACUGCUCCUGGCCCCUCUGA